ACUGUCGCUUGAGCAACGAGGACGAACGAGGGAACAGCGAUGGAGGCGAUCACUGGCUUGUAUGCGGCGGCGCUGGGCCCUGUCAAGGCACCGUCGCUUCGGCUGCGUGGGAUUGACACGGAAUGGCGCCCAAGCAGCACGCUCGUGCUCUCUGCGCUCCUUCUCUCGUACUUUCUCGUCACCGCCGGCAUCAUCUACGACAUGAUUAUUGAGCCGCCGUCAAUUGGGUACCAGGUUAACGAGCAUGGCCGCCAGGUGCCCGUUGCCUUCAUGCAGGGCCGCAUCAACGGCCAGUUCAUCACGGAAGGCCUCUCCUCUGCGUUUAUGUUUCUCCUCGGUGGCCUUGGGUUCAUUGCUCUCGAUCAGGCGAACCAGGCGGGUGUCUCCAAGACGCGCCGCAUGACCUUCCUUGCGCUCGGCAGCGGCCUUGUUCUCAUCACCUUCCUCGCAACACGCCUCUUCAUGUCCAUCAAACUCCCCGGUUACCUUCGCUGAGCUUGUGUGCCAUCACACACACACACACACACACACCAAGCACACACGCACGCACACACCAAGCACACACACACACACACACACACA